UGGUAGCGUUGGAGUCCUCCACCGUGCCUGAAGGAAGGAUGCUUUUGGGCGCUGGCAGCAUGGAGAAGAUGUGGUCUGCCCAGCUGUGUCUGGGAGUGCUAACCAUCCUGACCAUGGCUCUGUGUGUCCCAUCCACGCAUGGAGACCCUUUUUUACUCCAAGAGAACCGAGUGCUUCCAGAGAGAGAAGACACAAAUCACGAGGACACAUUGCUGACUCUGCUUCUUAAUAAGAAACUCGCAUGGCGGAGGCCAGAAAAUAUUGACUGGGAGCUAGCAAAGAAAUUUGAAGAGCUUGAAGAGCUGGAGAAGUUGAAGGAUCAGCUCUCGACUGAGGAUGGGUCAGAGGUGGCCUAUGCCUUGGAAAGUCUCUCAGCAUCCCAGCCCAAAAAACGCGCCUGCUUUUGGAAAUACUGCAUCUGAAGUCUUGUCAGGACUGGAGGAUGAAGAUGAGCCCUUUCCCCCCAACUGCCUUGCUGGGCAUUAACGUGUUAAGAGUUUGUUCUGUCCCCUCAUCGUGCUGCUAGUUUGGAAGCCAUCCUCCAUGACUGCACCACAGCCAAGCCCAACAGGGGCCGUGACAGGAGCUGGCAGCCCACUGCCACUCUGCACUGCUCCUUUCCUCCAGGUUUAGCCUGCCACUUCUUCCACUCAGAAGAUGCUUCCCAAUUUCCUGUGCUGUCCUGUGUGUGCCAUUCAGGCUGCUCUCACUGUACACUGUCCCCCUUCUCAGCGGCUCCCCUGAGGCACUGAACACUAACUCAGCUUCCCGGGCUUGGGGCUCAGCCCACACCUGCAGAAGUGUCUCUCAGUGGUGUCUGGGUUUCCUGUCGCCUCCUGAGCAGGUCUGUGCUGCCCUGGUGGCCGCUGCUGGGACAAGAAGGCAGGCUGGCUGUGAUGGGAAGGGCUCAGGGCUGGAGUGCUGAGCCAGAGCUGCUCCUCGCCGUGUCCCACAGCGUGCACAGGGGAGGCAGGCACAGAGCUCUGGAUCCUUUGGAUACCAUUCCAAUAAAGAGUUUCUGUUGCACAG